AUGAAACUUCGUAAGUGAACAGUUUGUUUUUCUAUUUAUUGUCUGUUUUAGUGUUACUGAAAAACAUGCAAAACACGUGCUGUGAUUGAUUCUAUCUCAUUACUACUACAGCAGCCAUCUCUAUAGCUUCCACACCAGUGUAUAUUCCUCAAAACACACCUCCUGUCAGGAGGGGUCCCAGCCCGGUGGUCCCGCCCAGGACUUUUCCCAUCAUCUCAGACUCUGCUCGGCUGUGGACAAGCACUCAGGUGAGCAGAGAUUCACUUGUACUUCAUUCAACACUGACUGACUGUUUCCCUGUGUUUGUUUAAAUAAAUAGAAAAUACUGUGAAUAUUUCCCCCCCAGCAUAUUCCAAGACUGAAUCCCUUACAUCCUCCUUUGGUUGUUAAACGCACUGUUAGUCUGGAGACACCAGCUGUUCACCACCACAACCACCAGAGGACUCUCAUCAUGCAGAGGAGAGAGCAUUACAGGUAGAAACCUGCAGUACCUCCCUGUAAUAUCAUUGCAUCAGUUAGAGCUGCAGAUACCACUGGUGUCUAUGCUAUGAGUUCUGGGUUCAAAAUUACUGACAUGUUGUCUUUUUUCGUCUCAGAUAUCAUCAGGUGUGGCGGAAACCUUUUUAUGGGACUAGUGUUGAGAGAGAAGAAUACAGGUCGAACAAUUAACACAUAAACUUCAUCUUUCUAAUGUUACAUGAUUUCUUUUAUUUUUAAAAUCUUAAAUGUGGAUUGUAUGACACACUUUGCCCAGUAACCAGUUCUUAUCUUUUUUGGUGGUCAUGCCAUCACAGGAAGGAGUUGCGGGAGCACCUAAAGAAGCAGAUAGAGGAGAAACGUGUGGCACUUAAGUUGCAGCUGAUCAGUACAGUGAAGGAAGCAGAGUAUGUAAAAGAAAGGGACUGCCUCGCCCUGUCCGGCGAAAGAGAGCAGAGGCUCCAGCACAGAAAAGCAAUGACCGCAUACAGAGAUGAGAACAAGCGGGUAAGCUCCCUCACACUCAUCCCCCCUGUUUCUGCUUUUGUGUUUGUGUUCUUUUCCAAUGACGUCCUGAAAAAGCUUCGACAUGCUGCUCUCGGGUUACAGUGUAGGGAGUGUUUGAGGUUUUACUCUCUUGUCUCUGUCUGUGUUCGCAUGUGUGCGUGCAGCUAAUGGAGCAGAGCUGGAGGGACAGAGCACUCACACGCUCCCGGGAGGCCCUGAAGGAGCGAGAGCUGCUGUGUCUUAACCCCAUUAACUGGAGUGGAACACUGACAUAG